CAUGAUCAGUCAAUUAUCGUGGACUUCUCACACCAAUUUCCAAACUUUUCCGAAAAAAUAUUUUUCACAGUUCGCUAUGGAUACGUAUGUAUCGGUACGGUAAAACUACGCACUCAUCUCAAAAAUGUGAUGUUCGAUACAGUUAGUCGCUGAUACCAUCAUAGGAAGAGAAUAGAAGGGGAACUCUAUGCAUCAACGCCCUCGAAAAAUCUAUGAAAAGUCGCACCUCAUGAUGACAGAAAAGAAAGUUGAAGGAGAGACGGUGGCAAUGACUCCCGGUGCUGUUGGUUUUUCUGACGAUGUGGGGGUCGCUGCAAGCUAUCCUGCUUGCCGCGAAAAGGCACAACUUUUGUACCGAGGUGCUGCUCUGGCUCCUAUGGUUCGCGCUUCAACGACCCCCUUGCGGCUUCUAGCACUUAGAUACGGAGCUGACUUUACAUACACUGAAGAGUUGGUCGAUCGAUCCUUGUCGCAAACAAUUCGUGUCGAAAAUAAAGAGCUGCAAACAAUCGAUUAUAUCAAGGAUCCAGCAAUGCUUCCGAAGAAGACAAAGAAAAAACUAAAAGCGGACAACAAUCGCCCCUGCUUAAUACUGCGGAUAGAUCCAAAUGUCGAAAAAGGAAAACUCGUUUGUCAAUUGGGAACGGGUGAACCGGAAUUAGCGUUGGACGCCGCGAAGAAGGUCGUUGGAGACGUUGCAGCGAUCGAUGUCAACAUGGGAUGCCCCAAGAAAUUCAGUGUCUCCGGAGGUAUGGGAUCGGCGCUUCUCAAGGAUCCAGAUCGAGCUGCACGGAUUCUUGCUUCACUGAAGGGCUUGUUGGGACCACUCGGAAAGCCUCUCUCGUGCAAGAUCCGGCUGUUGGCAACAACGAAAGAAACCGUAGACUUUGUCGAAACAAUGAUUCGCGCCGGAGCGGAUGCCGUGGCCAUUCACGCUAGACGUGUCGGAGACGAGUCAACCACGGCUGCGGACUGGAAGUCACUCGAAGAAGUUUUGGAGGUCUUGCGGCCUAAGCAUCCCAGUAUCAAUUUCCUCGUGAACGGAGACUUUUACGACCGGAAGGAGCGAACCGAAUUCGUCGAAAGAACCAAGGUCGACGGGGUUUUGCUGGGUCGACCAGCAUUGUAUAACACAAGCACUUUUCUGCCUCUUGAAACAGCAGAGAUCGAUAAGACAGCCGUCAUCCAAGAAUACAUGAAAUAUUCGGUACGAUUCGACUCCCACCACAAAAACACGAAGUACGUUGUGUGUGAAAUGAUGUCCCAUCGCCGUACUCCCACCGGAAGGGUUCCGUACCUACCCAUGAAAUUUCCGCAGGGGCAAACCGUUGGCAAAACCUGCAACUGUCAUGAUCUUGUCAGUUUGUGUAAGCUAUGGGGUGUUGAUCACUCGAAAGCCCUUGCAACAAUAACUACGGGUACAAACGUAGACAGUGAAUGCUCGGAGGCGACCGCCUUGGCACCUGGAGAACAUCGAUACGAAGAUUCUUACUUCUUGAAGGGUAACCAAUCAGCCAUGGAUGCAAAGAGUGCACUUGCGUCAAAAGAAGAUAGAGAAGAAAAAGAAGUCCCUGAUGCAAACUCAGUUACCCAAUCAGAGGACAUGAAUAAAAGGGGCGAUCAGAAGAGUGACCUUGUUGACAAUGUAGUCAAAGUGAACUACAUUGACGAAAGAGCUGUGAAAAGAGCAAAAAUUUCAUCAGAAGAAGGAAAUGGAAGUAAUAUGAUAUGACAUUCGGGCAUGGAUUAUGUAAGAAACUGAUUUUAUGGUACACAAAACGAAUUGAUGUUGUGAUCCCCGGAAUACAAUACAAGCAGUAUU